CCAAUUUACAGGCAGUUGUUGACACAAGAACCCACAAACACACGACAUCCCCCCCACAAACGCGGCUUUCUUCUUAUCACACACCGACUCGAAUAAUCCCCAUUCAUAGAAGAAGAUGUCUGAAGCAGCCAAGCCCGACCCCGCCGCCGAGCAGAUCGCCAACCCUGCGGCGACUCUUGUCCAGGACGAGACCGCAAAGGUCACCACCGACAAGGCAUCUGACAAGCCCGAGACCACCACAGAGAGCAAGGAUGACAAGCCCAUCACAGAGAAGGCGACAGAGGCAGCGGCCGCAGUGAAGGACAACGUCUUCUCCAUGUUCGGUGGCGGCCCCGCAAAGGUCAAGAAGGAGGAGGCCGACGAUGUCGAUGAGCCAUCAGGUGCUUCCAAGCCCAAGGGCGAGGACGAGGACCCCGAGAACGAAGAGCCCGAUGUUGACUUCCAGCCCGUCGUCCACCUCACCGAGAAGGUCGACACCAAGACUAACGAGGAACUCGAGGAGCAAGUCUUCAAGAUGCGCGCCAAGCUGUUCAAGUUCGACAGGGAAUCGCGGGAGUGGAAGGAGCGCGGCACUGGUGACGUCCGGUUACUGAAGCACAAAGAGAAUGGCAAAACCCGUCUUGUCAUGCGCCGUGACAAGACCCUCAAGGUUUGCGCCAACCACUACGUUGUCCCCGACAUGAAGCUGUCGCCCAACGUCGGCAGCGACCGCAGCUGGGUCUGGAACGCCGCGGCCGAUGUCAGCGAGGGCGAGCCCGAGGCUCAGACCCUGGCCAUCCGUUUCGCCAACAGCGAGAAUGCCAACCAGUUCAAGGAGGCCUUCAUCAAGGCCCAGCAAGAGAACGAGGCGCUUUUCGGCAAGUCGGAGCAGUAAAUACUGCCGGAUAAUUACAGCUUGGAGGAUAGGAUGAGAUACGAAAAGAUGGUUUGCACGAACAGUGAAUGAGGAUUUGGGACGGCAUGAUAUGAUGGUGGUAGAAGAGAUUACCCACACCCUGCACAUAACUAGAUAGUAACUAAAUGGCCCGACUACUGUAGUCAACGGCGUCCCCCCA